AUGGAUCCCAGUUCUGUAUUAGAUCAAACUAUACAAGAUGUUUCUAAUCUUCAAGCAGAAUUUACCCACAUUUUGGGAGAAAUACGAGCUUCAGACACACAAUUACUAGAUCAGAGGAAGAAAUAUAUGCAGAAGGAUUCUCAAAUACACAAAUUCAUUAGGCAGCAUGGAUCAUUACAAGAACAUCCAAAAGAACAAGAGCUUUCUGAGAAAAUUAGAGAAAAGAUGUCAGCUUGCAAAAAUCUACAAGAGCAAAAAUGCACCAUGGCCAACACUGCGUUGUACCUAGUAGCCAAACACCUAUCCAGAUUGGAAAAGAAUAUAGGUUUACUGGAGGAAGAUGGCCUUUUAGCACCUGUGGAUGAAGAUGCAGAUAGUAGCACAGAGUUUUCAAGGGAAAGCUCAUCUGUAAGUGGAACAGGUGAAAGAAGAAGGAAAGCUGCAUCUUCUAGUUCGCAUGAACCUUCGCAUGUGAAAAGAAGAAGAACGGGUAGAGCAUCAUCACCUAACCAAACCGCUCAUACUCCAUCAGUACCACCACCAGCUACAUCACUAUCACAACCCGUAGCUUCCAGAGAGGACGAAUCUCAUGAGAACACUGAAGGUAGCCCAUUACCAGUAGUUGAAAAAGACGUCAAUUUUGACCUACAGGAUUACAACGACGAUCUAUUCUCUGGAUACAACAAUAACGAGGAAGAGGAUAGAACUCUCUACUGUUUCUGCCAAAGCGUUUCUUAUGGUGAAAUGGUCGCUUGUGAUGGUCCUAAUUGUAAAUACGAAUGGUUUCACUAUAGCUGCGUGAAUCUGAAGGAACCUCCAAAGGGCCAAUGGUUCUGUCCAGAUUGUAGACAGGAAAUGGCGAAGGACAAACUGAAAAAGAAGAAGAUAUGA